GAGGCGCUCGCGCAUGCGCAGGAGCCACCGGGGCCUACCCGGGCCUUGGCCGCCUGCCUCGGCCUCUCUCUCUCUCUCUCUCUCUCUUCGUCUUCGUCGUCAUCGGGGCAGAAAGGCGGAGGAAGAGGAGGCGGCCGGGCUCUCCCUUCCAGCGAGGAGACAAGGGCCAGGCCUCUCUCGGGCUCUCCCGGGCGCGAAGGCACCCAGGAUGUGGAGCCAUCAUCUGCACCGAGAUUAGCAGCAAAAGGCCCGGAGCCAUGGCUUACCGAGGCAACGAGCGCGACUUCCAGACCUCGGCGCGGAGGAUGGGGACCUCUCUGCUUUUCCAGCUGUCAGUCCAUGAGAGAGAGCUGGACCUGGUGUUCCUGGACCACAGCUAUGCCAAGCCUUGGAGUGCCCACCCGGACGCCAGCAGCGCCCGCCCCACGCGCCUGCUCUUCGUGACGCCUAAGAGACACCAAGACAGCGGCGCCAUUGAGGCAGAUGUCCCCAUUGAUGUGGAAACAGUGACACCCACACCUGUGCCACUCUAUGACAACCAGAAGGCCCGGACGGUGAUGAACGAAUGUGAGCGCCACGUGAUCUUUGCCCGCACCGAUACAGAUACCCCACCUCCUCCGGACGACUGGGAAGAGCACAUGAACAGGUCUGGCUGGACAGUGGCCCAGAACAAGCUGUUCAAUAAAAUCCUCAAGGCCUUACAGUCUGACCGACUGGCCCGGCUGGCUAAUGAAGGGGCUUGCAAUGAGCCGGUGCUCAGAAGGAUAGCAGUGGACAAAUGUGCCCGGCGGGUCCGUCAGGCUUUGGCAAGCAUCAGUUGGGACACCAAACUCAUCCAGUGGCUGCAUUCAACUCUGGUGGAGACCCUCAGUUUGCCUAUGCUGGCUGCUUACCUGGAUGCCCUGCAGACCCUUAAGGGGAAGAUUCCCACCCUGAUCGACCGGAUGCUCUUGUCUUCAACUGCAAAGACUGGAGCAGCUGGGGCUGAGGCUCUGUCCCUCUUGCUGAAGAGACCAUGGGAUCCCGCUGUGGGCGUACUUUCACAUAACAAACCGAGCAAGUUGCCUGGCUCCCCCCUCAUCCUCCUAGCAGCUUCGGGACCCUCCAAUUCAAUGUUCCCCACUUCGCGCCGGCAUCGGUUCUGGCAGUCGCAACUCUCUUGCUUGGGAAAGGUGAUCCCAGUUGCUACCCAUUUAAUGAAUAACGGCAGCGGCGUUGGAGUGUUGCAGUGUCUGGAGCACAUGAUUGGAUCUGUGCGAGGCAAAGUGCACGAGAUCCACAACCAUUUCUCCCACAAACCAGUAAUCCUGAUUGGCUGGAACACAGGAGCGCUGGUGGCCUGUCACGUUUCAGUGAUGGAGGAUGUCACUGCAGUGGUGUGUCUUGGAUUCCCUCUCUUAACAGUGGAUGGACCCAGAGGGGAUGUUGACGACCCACUUCUAGACAUGAAGACUCCGGUUCUCUUUGUGAUCGGUCAGAACUCCCUCCAGUGCAACAGCGAAGCAAUGGAAGAUUUCCGGGAGAAGCUUCGAGCCGAAAACAGCCUCGUGGUGGUUGGAGGAGCGGAUGAUAAUCUCAGGAUAAGCAAAGCCAAAAAGAAAUCAGAAGGCCUGACCCAGAGCAUGGUGGACAGGUGCAUACAGGAUGAAAUUGCUGACUUCCUGACUGGAGUGCUCACCCGGGCAGACAGCCAUUCGGGCUCUGAUCCCCGCGAUCUCGAUGCCGAGAAGAAGAAGAAAACCAUGCGUGACUCCGCUCGAAGGGACCUGUCCUUCGACAUGUCAGAGAGGAGCAGCCGGCCCGCCUCCCCUGCCACCAAAGUCCCCGCUUCACCAUCAGGCUCUGAGGACCUCUCCAGUGUCUCCAGUAGUCCGACGUCCAGUCCAAAGGCUAAAAUGGCCACUGUGUCAUCCGUACAGAAGUCCAGCCAGAUUGGCACUGGCCAGCUGCUGAAGAGGCCUGUGCAGCGGACAGAAGCAGCACCAACACACAAACAGACUCAAGCUCAGUUUGCUGCAUUUCUGAAACAAAACAUGCUGGCGAGGAAAUCUCUUCCUCCUGGCACUUCUUCCUGCCUCUUUGUGGCUUCAGAGCCGCCACAGCAUCAGCCGCCACCGCCAGAUGCAGGGGAAAAAGAAGAGCUGCUCCAGGUGCAGCUGAAGAGGCACCAACCUGCCAGCCCAACCCACGGUGGCAAAUCUGCCAAGCGAGCCAAAAUCAAGGUGACCAUUGUCUCCCAUGGGGAAGCUGCCAGCACUGGGAACGGGGCCUCACCAGAUGUGCCGCCAGAAAUGGCUGUGGGAAAGCCUCUUGCCGUGACCCUGGGACAGAGCGCAACAAGUGCAAAAGAGACAACAGGACUGCUGGCCACUUCCAAGCCAGGUUCUUCAGCAGAGAGUCCUGCUGUCAGCCCAGUCCCCUCGGCCACGCUCCCUAGCAGCACCGUCUCCAGCGCUUUCCAUUCUCUGCAGAACAGACUGGUGGCCAACAGUUCGAACUGCCUCCCGGCCCAGCCCAGCAAUGCCCUCCAAGGGGCAGCCUCAGCCAGCAGCCUCCUGCAGGGCUUGAGCUUCAGCUUGCAGGACAUCAGCCCAAAGCCAGCGGCAGCCCUUCCAGCAAGCGUCGCCACUGCAGGGCCCCUGGGGCAGACCUCAGGCCUGAAGACCUCCACGCCACUGCAGAACCUGGGCACCAUCACGACCAGUACUGGCACCAUUGUCCGUACCAUCCCAGUCGCCACAACCCUUGGCACCUCAGCCAGCGGGAAGCCCACCACGAUCCACCAGCUCCUCACCAACGGAGGGCUGGCCAAACUUGCAAGCAGCCUCCCUGGCUUGGCUCACAUCUCUGGCCAAGGGUCAGGUCUAAAAGCCCCGACCACCAUCACAGUGACCCUUCGAGGCCAAGGCAACCGCGUCACCAGCCUCAGCCAGGCAGCCAUGGGAGCCAUCCAGCCUCAGCUGGAAGAGCAGCAGCAGCAACAACUGCUGCUCCCUCCUCCGCAGCCGCCCCAGGUUGCAGAUAGUUUAUCUGGGAACUUGACCAGCCCAGCUUCAAGCUCUGCUCCUUCUGGCAAGCUGUUGCCUCAGAUGGAACUUGGCAAAGUCCACUCUGCUCCAGAGGCUCCUUCUGCAGACUCUGCAUCUCAGCCGGUUGUGGUGGCAGCAACCACUUCGAGCCCCAUGAAGACUCUCUAUGUGAUGUCAGACGCCAAACUGUCUGCGCUUACCAAGUCGGUCAUGGCUGAAGCCGCUUCCAGCCCCCUGAAGCCCACUGCUCUUCAAACCGCUGCCACCUCUUCUUCCUCCUCCCCUAUUGGAGCCGUGACCUUUGCCCCCUCAACCCUGGCCAGCACUCCCUGCAGCCUGGGGCAUUCCAAAGUGGGGCCCGUCUUGCAGACCACGUCCAAGACAGUGAUCCUGACAUCUACACUGGCGGCCAUGAAGGGGGACCGAGCCUUGGGACCAAGGGGGGAGAAGGUUAUGCUGACCAAAGGCCACCAUGCGCUUGGGCCUGCGGAAGCCCUGGGCAGGGUGCCAUCCGUCAUGGAUGAUGGCAGCAGCACCAUCCUCCAUACCAGGGAGAGCCUCACCAACCGACACUUGCUUCCGCAAGGCAUGCUGCCUGCUGCUGCUGCAACUGGCACCACCCUCAUUGCGCUGGGAGGCAACCUGGCCAGCUCCUCCAUCAUCGCCACAGCUGGGCCUGCCCUCAGCCAGCAGCCAUAGUAACCCUGCCCACCCACCCCCCAAAAAUAUGAAGAUUCAUUGUCUUUGCUAUGGAAGAUGAAGCUGGGAAGUGAAAGGUGUUGCUCCCCAUGAUAAGGACUCCUCAGUUGUUUUCUCACUUUUAAUAAACUUGUCUUUUUGUGUA